CUUGUUCAAGAAAAUAUUUAAAAUUUUUGUAACGUGUCAUUGUGUCUUACGGCUACAUACAAAUCAUACGUUUCAAAAAGCUUGAUAAAACGCCGAAAAAGGGCUUAAAAACGGAAAAUAACAUAAAAUAGCCCGUUUUAUAAGAUUUUUCCCCCAAAUUUUUUGAUUUAUUUGUUAUUCUCACAUUGUUUCUUUACUGUUAGAGUCAAAGACAUAACACAAAAGUGUAGCAGGCAUCUAAAGUGCUCAGACUCUUUUAGAGUACUUUUUUCUUGCUAGGAAUCUUUUCAAAAUCAUCAAUUAGCACAAAUUUGACUAAAAUGACAGUUCGGAUGAUGGACGAUUUAGAAAUUUCUAAUAAAAUUCAGGGCCACGUAUAUGACAUCAAAACCAACAAGUUUUUCGUGAGUGCAAAAAAAAGUGUUGCUCGAAUCGUUCGAUUUCGCAGAGAAUCGGCCAUAUAUCUACGGUUUUUCUUUCCUUUCUCUCUAUCCGCCUCUCUAUCUCUGCAUUCGCGUGCACGCUCGUAUCACCUUUCAGCUUGUUCUUCUUUGAGAUCAUUUUUGUUUGUGACAGAAGCGCCUGUGUUACUCGAAUAUAUUAUAUACGUAUACCAUAUAGCGAGCUCGCGCGCGCGUAAAGAGAAACACCGUCUAAAGCCACACGCCUGACGAAAUAAAAAGAAGAAGAAAAAUAGACGAGAGCGAAAUUGAGUGGGCUUGCUGUUACUAUUUCGCUCUCGAGUGCUUAAAAAUAAUGAGUACGCUUAGAUUUGCCAAAGCGCUAACGCGUUACACUUCGGCGAGGGGGAAAAAAGUUAUUCCCUACUCGAGCCACAAUCGAGACUCGGUGCGGCUACAAUCUCCGCGGUGCAUUCUAUGUAAUACGCCUCAAAGAGACCGUAUUCAUCCAAUUUGCUUAUUAAUUUGCUGCUUUUGUUUGAUGAAAUUUGUCUAGUUUUUUCCCCAACUGCGUGUCUCGUAUACAUCUACGUACUUAUUCCACGAAUGACGAUUGCCGCAAUUUUUUUUAAUUAACGCUACCUAUACUUGUACUGAUCAAAGAAAUUGUUACCUCAUAAUUAUCAUCAAAUGAGACAUUAUGUUUUUAAUAAUUCACUACACUAAUUGCAUCGUGAGCAUUGCGUAGAAUUAUCAAUCCAAGCUUCUGACAAGCUCAUAGGUCUAUAACUUGAAGAUUCAAUCGCUACGUUUUAUAAUGAUGAAUAAAACGAUACAAAAUUGUUUUAAUGUAGUUUCAACAGUUUACAAUGGUAUGAACAAUUGAUCUACUACUUAAAUGAUUUGUAAUUUGAAGAUUUGGAUUCAGAUCAACAGAGUACAUCGAAAUACAUCAUUCGCUACAUGGAACCUCCUUAUCGCCUAUAGACUAUUUAUCAAGGAUUACCUUACUCGAAGCGAUUAUAAGAUAAAAUUUCCCCUUCUCAAAGAAGGUGCGCUCUCCAAAAUUAUUUUAAUGUACUGAAUGAAAUUCAGGAGAUGAGAUAUGCAGACUUUCUUCUUAGAGUCAGUGCAGUACUCACAGCCUUCCGUAACACACAGACAGUCCGUGUUCGUGGACUCAGCGACUCGAGGCGGCACACGCAACACCGACUCGCGUGUGUUCAAAAGUAUGUAGAAUUUACUCCCGCUAAGCCGAUUUUUGGGAUUUUCUAUUCACCUAUCUACGCGUUGGCUUUCCAUCAAGCAACGACAACAGCAUCAAGAGCAACGAGUACUUUGAAACAAGCGAACAAAUACGCAGCUCAUACUCGGUACCAAGUUUAGAUUCAAUCACAAAUGGAGAACUUCGAGACUAUAGAUCAGAUUGAUGACUACCACGACAAACUAGUGCGAGAGUAUGAAGAGUUCCGUAAAAAGCAUCCAGCAUACCAAGCGUGGAAGUUGGCGUUACCGAAUGGUGGCAAAGCGAUCGGCAUCAAUCCGGCUGACGCUCCGGCCGCUCCGACAUUAGCGUCCGCCGACGUAGAGGCCGCCAAGGUCAACGAGGACAACGAGGACGAGGAGUUGUCGAUUACUAAAACAAAAUGCGGGAGGGCGUUUUGUAACUGGUUCAUUGCCGUGAUGUUCAUUUUCUUUAUGUCAAUUUUAAUAUACGCUAGUUACUUGUGGCCUCCAGUCUUGAUCAUAAUGGUCUCAGCCAUCUUGACCUGUUAUGUAUGUGAAAGAUGUUUUGAAUGUAUGCAUAGAGACAAAUUGAAAAAAAUUGACAUGUCUGGAUAAUUUUACAGAAAUUAGGUGAGGCACAAUUAAGGACGUAGUUUAUAGUAUACAUACGCAUGAGCUGUAUAAGUAGCAGCGUUGUCAUAGAGAUGUAGAUACAAAUGGCGGUCGAUCAGCUGAUUAUGGGUCCGUUCAGCGGGUCCGUUUUAUCUGUAGAUAAAUAUUUUAGAUUAAUAAAAAAUUGCACAUUUUCAAUGUUGCCGUGUAAUAGCUGUCUUGGAUGGAAUUUCCACGAUGAAUAGUAAAGCUGUUGAAUUCAUAGCGCGUACUUCUUACUUAAUUGCUAUACUUUGUCAUCUCGUAAUUAAGAUAAUAUAAUACAUUAAUCUAAGUUGACUACAGUGCCUCUGUCGAUUAGACACAGCUGAUCAUCUGUAAAUCGGUCAUUUGUAUCUAUAGCUCAUUACAACGCUGAUAAGACUUAUCCGCCUCGAGUUGAUACUAGCGAUCAGUAUAAGACUGAUUUUAGAUGCAUAUAGCAACCGUGACUUAUAUUAUACAGAGCAGACGAAACGACGCAGUAUUUUUUUUUAUUCGACAGCAAAAUCAACGAUUGAUGGGUAGCUGCUAUUAUUAACGAGUAGUAUAUACUCGGUGCAUAGCGAGUAGCUGCUACUGAAUGAACGAAAUAUGUAACUGGCACUCGAUAAAUCGAGCUCUCAACGAGUAAAAGAUACGCCUACUCACAUAAUCUCAACUCAAACACGUCGAGUAGCAGAAACUUGUAGGAAUUACAGCCAACACUCGAUUCUUUUUUCAGAGAUUGAAACUUCACGUAAGCUUAAUCUGUAGGUUAGUAGAAUAGAUGCGAUGGUUAUAAUGAAAACUUUAAUAAACUUUUAUGAAACUUUUUGAUUUCAUGGUAGGACAGAAAUUUAGGUACAUAAUUUUAUGUAGAAAAAUUGAUUAACUUCAUUUGUAAUUUAAUAAUAUAAAAAUAUAUUAUAAGGCUAAUUUAAGCAAUUUUGAAAGAUCUAAUUUAGAAAACAACAAAAUAAAGACAUACGUUAAACUUUA